CUUCUCAGCCACACCUCUAACCCAUCCCACUUUCAGCGGAAGUAUAUCCUCAUUCUGUUACGUCUCACAAGCUAUCAACAUCAGCGAGAGCAGAACAAGUUAUCUGGUACCAGCAAGCUGCUUCUCUCCAUUCUUAGUUUGCUGCCAUGACUUCAGAUGCUGCUGAGUUUGUGGAUAGACACAGGGCUGAGCUCAUCCAGAGGGUUCGCAUGGUGAUGCCCAUAGCAGAUGAUCUGCUGAGAAAUGAAAUGAUCCAUCCUGAGAUGUACUCUAAUAUUCAAACUUCCAAUACCAGCCAGGACCAGAUGAGAACACUGUACGUAGUCCUACAGUCAGGAGGGCCAGAAGUGAAAUCAGCCUUCUACAGGAGUCUGCUGAAACAGCACCCUUAUCUAGUCGACGAUCUGGAUGGCUCUGUUGGAGCUCUAGGCGAUGGUUUUAACAUGGGAGCAUCUUCUUCAGGGAGAUCUACAGGACAUCUUCAGCCAGAAGAUGGUUUUAAUAUUGCAUCUUCUUCAGAGAGCACUUCAUUGGAAGGUCAUGCAUUACCUCCUGCCUCUAAUACAUCGCCUGGGACUGGAAGACUAUCAGCUGAACUUGAUACGAAAUCAAAUGAAGAUGUAAUGUUAACGUAUGACCUCACUACAAUUCUGGGACAUGGUGCAGAUGGAACCAUUGUGUACAAGGGUACGUUUGGUGGCCGUUCUGUGGCUGUGAAGAGGAUUCUUGAGAAAUUCUUGAAUUUUGCAGAACGGGAGGUCCAGCUGCUUUAUAAGUCGGACAGACAUGUAAAUGUGGUCCGAUACUUCUGGACUGAGAGGGAUGGGCAGCACCAGAACAUUGCCAUUGAGCUGUGUGCUGCAUCACUGAAGGAGUAUGUGGAGGACAAGAAUUUUAAUCGCCAUGGACUACAGCCUGUGGAAGUGUUAAAACAGAUGAUGCGAGGACUGGCACAUCUGCACUCUCUCAAAAUAGUUCACAGAGAUGUGAAGCCCAACAACAUCCUGUUUUCUAUCCCAGACCACCAUGGCCAAGUCAUUGUCAAGAUCACAGAUUUUGGGAUGGCUAAGAUGUUGGAUAUUGGCAGACAAAGCUACAGCAUGAGUUCAGGAGCCAUGGGAACCAUGGGCUGGAAUGCCCCAGAGGUCCUGAAAAAAGACAGCAAAAACAACCCUACCAGUGCUGUGGACAUCUUCUCUGCCGGCUGUGUGUUUUACUAUGUUUUAACAGGAGGCGAACAUCCCUUUGGAGAUAUGGAAGACGGACUUGAUGUUGCCAUUAAUAUCAGACAAGGACAAUUCAACCUUGUAGGAUUACAAGGAGACAAACACAAGGACAUCGUGGCUGAACACCUGAUAAAAUAUAUGGUGACUAAGGAGCACCAGAGGAGGCCUUCUGCUGAGAGCGUGCUCAAUGACCCUUUCUUUUGGAGCCUGGAGAAACAGCUGAAGUUCCUCAAGGAUGUGAGUGACUGGAUUGAUGCACAGUCAAAGCUGAAGCAGUUGGAUGACGCAAUCAUCAAUCAGCUGGAGUCAGAGGCAGAAAAAGUGGUCAUGGGGAACUGGAUGAUACACAUCACUAAGGAUCUGCGAGAAAAUCUAGAAAUACGCAAAGGAGCAUAUAAAGAGGACUCUGUUGUAAGUCUUCUACGGGCCAUAAGAAACAAGAGUAACCAUUACGAUGAAAUUCCUGAUCUCCAUGAGAUGUUGGGCUCAAUCCCAGAAGGCUUCAUGUUCUACUUCACCUCCCGCUUCCCCCACCUGCUGCUGCACACAUACCUGGCCAUGUGCACCUGUGCUGAGGAGCUGACUUUCCAGAAAUACUACCCCAAGUUGAGAGAGGCGUGGAUGGUCUAUGACACACCCACAGCCUAAGACCAAAAAGUACUUUACACCAACCUUUGAAGUGAUGACAACCAAGCCACCAGCCCAAAUAUUCUGUCUUUUUCAAGGCUUUGCUUUUAUUGUUGAUUUCAUAACAUGAACCUGCAGUGCACUGAAUCCAGAGACAUUCCUUCUAUGUAGACCAAUGCAAUAACUAUUCCAUAACUAGAUAGAGGCUGUCAGAUCACUGUACUGUCAAUGUACUUUAUUGUUGUGACACAAAAGUGACCUUUUUUUAAAAAUCUGUUUUUCUAUUACAUUCUGUAUAAAAUAGUAUUCUUUAUGCAUGAAUGUAUACCUGAUCCUCUGUGCACCCUGACAUAGGCACAUCCAACGGAGUUCAUCAUUUUAUUUUUAUUGCUGUACUUUGUUUUGUUGACGUCUGUGUAUAGAUGAUGUAAUGCUUUAUAGAUGACGCCUGCACCAUGUUUGACUAUGAUUGCUUUUAGUGCCUCAACUCAAUUUGAGUGGUCCACAAUGUUUUAAUUUUACUUUUAAUCUGUAUUUUGUAUUAUUGUAUCAUUGUGUAGUAGAUGAGAAAAAAGAAGAAACCCGCACACUGCUCUUGAUAGUAUCACUGCUCUUUAUUAAGAUUUACGUAUCGGCCUCAAGGCCUUCGUCAGAGUUCUUUUGAGUGUUUUUAAUUGGCACCCUUAUGUAGACAUUACUCCUCCCACAUCCGUUCAAUGCAUCGAAUGGGUUUGGAGUAUAGGGAAAACAAGUAUAUGUUACCAAAUAUAACAAUGUGCAUUUCAUAAGUAUUCUAAUAAUUCUAAUAAAGUGUGUACAUAAAACUUAUUAAACAGGACUGUGAAACCACAAUGAGGACAUCGACCUAUCAACUAAGGUUUCAUAAAUCAUUGGGUACAGUACAAGAACAAACAUCCGAGUGAUCUGAAGUGGCGGCAUUAACUCAUAUUCACAUUUACAACAUAACACGCAUGGGCAUUUCAUCAUUAAGACCUUUUGGGUAUAAUGUCUGGAGGGUGAAAAUCCCAAAACCUUCUCUUUUGCUCAGAGUAUUAUUCAUAUCACCUCCCCUGUCUGAUAUCUUGACUUUCUCUAUGCCACAAAAUCUAAAGGUAGAAAUGUCAUGUUUUAGGUCAUUAAAAUGUACUGGAACUGGAUAAUCCCUGUCCUUUCUCCUGAUUUAACUUCUAUGUUCACUUCUCUGUCUGAGAGGUUUAACCUACAUAACACAGCCCACAUGGACAUUUAAUCAUGUAGAUAACAUGGGUGGUGGAGCACGUAAUAAUGUCAUUUAUUUGGAACCGUUUUCCUUUAUGUGGGUGGCAGAAAUAUUCACACUUCAUCAUAUUGUUGCACUGUGAGCAACCCAUGCAUGUAUAGCUACCAUUUGGAAGAGGGCGUAAAAGAGCCUGGCUCAUUUUUUUUUUUUGGCUGGCGGUUGGUGUAACAGAUGUAUAUGUACUCUCCAUGCGUUGUGUUUUCUCAAAAUAAAUCAAUUCGGCCAGUGGU